ACGACUCGAGGGGAACAGAAAUUCCAGAAGGGAACGGAAUUGGCUGCCUAACCGGAAGUCGUGCUACAUGUGUAGUUGUCGUCACUUCUCGUCGUUCGCAAAAUAUUGUGGGGAUAGGGAGGUUGUGCGCUGUAUGUCUUAAAUGUUUAAAUUGAGCUAACGUAAAAAAUAAGGUUUAUUUGAGUACGGUUUUGCCAAGCAAAUCGGUCCGUCUGUGUGAGCAUGAGUCCAGAGAUUUCCCGGAAAUCACUUUGCGGGUUUAAAGGAAUCACAUCCGAGUUGUAACUCUGGAGGAUGCCUCUGCAAGUAUUAGUGAUAUAACAUCGCGCUGUCAUCACCGGAGAUAUCGUUUUUAUCAGGGACAGUUCGAGGAAGCAAUCAUCAAGGUCCCUUAAAUGAUGUUAUCCAAUCCUCCGGCUGACCAGAAAGGGAUGGAGCAGUUGCCUGCGUCUGCUGCUGGUCCAUGUCGACGUUCUUCUCCGUUCUCACUUUAUCAGGAGCAGCUGGCCAUGGGAUGCAGAGAAACCAGCAGGGAGAUUGAAUCUAAUGACAAUGAGCCCUCCACUGUCUUUGAGAAAGAGGGUCCACAAAAUCCAUGUACUUGGACAUCUGGUACCUUCAAUUCAGCUCCUUCAUCAGGAGAACAACUUGGAGUUCUUGAACAGCUUUUUGUGUCCCAUCAGACUGAGAUGAAACGUCUGCUGACAGAUACCCUCGGCUCUCUGACGCAGCGUCUCAAGGCGGUGGAGAAGAGGAUGGACCAGCUGUGUUCACAAAGCAGUGCGCAUACCCGCAGUUUGGCUCAGCUUCACAGUAAAGUUGGCCAGCUGGGCAGGGACUUGUCAUUUGGCUUUCCAAAUGUACAGAGUGUUUCGCAUUCACACAAUCUUGGAGAGGACAUCGAAGUCCUAAAAGAUGACAGAGGAAUCCUCUCAAAAAAUAUCUCUUCCUCUACACCACAUUCUCCUCUCAGAGCGCUCUCUCCGGAACCAAAAAAGGACCCUGUUUGUUCAUGGCUAAUGUCAACUCCUUCCCAAAACUCGCAAAGUCCUGUCCAUAAGCCCGAGGAACCAAGCUGUCCAAUACUAAAUGGGAAUUCCAGUGGCUCCAUGUUUGAAAUGCUGAAAACCUGCUCUACGGGACAUACUGAGAAUUAUUUGGUGGGUAAUUACUCACCUGUGUCAGACUUUGAAGACCUGGAAAUGGAACUAGUAGCUGAGAAGGAUCGUGUCGCAUUAAGCUUAUCGGGCGGUUCUGUGAUCAGCAGCCCAAAUGAGAAUGACAAACAGGUACUGACUUGUACACAGGAAGUACAGUCCUCUGAUAAUGUGGGAAAAGCAGACGCUACCAAGAAUACUCAGUGUUUACAUGCACAGGAACACCCACAGGUGCCUUCCUUCAACACACAAUUUCUGCACUAUUCGGGUACUAAUGGCUCAAAGUCGGAUACAAGUAUGGAUCCUCUUUAUUCGUUUUCAAAACUAACGAAGAGCUCAGAGAAAUCAAAUUUUGGGAAAGUCGAUGGUAACAACAGCCAGCAGGAAUCGUCUGGUGAAAUUACCUUAUUUUUUCCGCAUGGAGGGCAGCCCUACCCCUCAGUUCCCUUGGCUAAUUUUCAGGCUUGUAAUAAAGCGGCAGAAGCGAGCAGGGAAAAGGAAAGAAUGAAAAUGGGCACAAACAAUGAGAAGCCAAGUUUUUUAACUACCUCGUUGAGUAAAAGUACAGCAGUCUUGGAGGGCAGAGAAGUAGGUGGCAAUUCUGCACAAAGCACAAAGUUGGGUAGUAAUGGACAAAGUGAGGAAGUUGGGGAACAUAAUGGCAUUAAUUCAUACAGCCUAAUAAAACAUCCUUUGCAAGGUUCAAACUGUGAACAGACUUUACCAAACCAGUUGGUAAAAAGUAUAGGUGAUCAGACCUCUUCGCUUUUGACAUUUCCGCAAUCGCAUCCUAAUUCCCAACUCCCAAGAAACGGUUCCUCUAAAACACUUAAUGUCGAAUUCAAGUCUAUCCAUGAUACUAACAAACUGUUAAAUCAGCUGUCUGACACUGCUAAUGGCUUGGUGUCUAAAAACUGUCCCAAAAAUGACUCGGUACUACCAGACAAAUCGACGGACUACAGCAGAACUGUAUCAAAGCUCAAACACUACAGCGGUAAGAAUCGCCAUGUUUCUGGAUACUCUCUGUCCCUUCAUGAGCUGGAAGAAGAGACCUUAAACAGUUGUCAACCGGUACUUAAGAAUUCAUUUGCAUUACCCAUCAACCAAUUAAUGGGUAAAGACUCUGCAUUUUGUCCUAGCUUAUCUCAGCUUUUUCGGUCCACCACCCCGUCCAUGUAUGCUUUAAGCAAAGGGAGUUUCUCUGGGGGAGGUGUAAGCACCGUCCUGGCAUUAUCUUCUCCGACAUCCUUCAGGCUGUGGUUUCGGCACAGACGGCUCAACUUCCCACUCAUGGAGUUGUCAUGUCCAGGUGUCCAUACGGUUACGAGUCGGAUUUUGGGAGAAUGUAAGUGUCAUCCUCUUCGGCCUCUGGUUGACCACACGGCUCCACCGGGUCUGGACAAUGAUCACCACUAUACACGACAAUCUGAUCAAGAAGCUACAACCAGCAGGAAAAGAGCUACAACACGGAAAGCCAUAUCAUUUGCAUCAGUGGGUCACCUGUCAAAAAAACACCUUACGCCUGAGAAAAUUAUGGAUUACCCUUCACGACACGGCAUCAGCCCCAAGCACCUAGAAGGCUCACCAGCUGAAUCUUUGCCCAGUUUUGCUGUGGUCAGCGCCAAUGUUAAAUUUCCUGGUUUGCAUAGCCAAGGGGCAUCUAGAGAAAUGGAGCAGGUGGAUCUCUUUGAUGCUAAUGCAGACACACAAGCUGGCCAUCGUUCCAAAAAAGUCUCCCAAAUUCGAAUCCGUAAGACCAUUCCCAAACCAGAUACCAACCUUACUCCAAUGGGACUUCCCAAACCAAAGAGGUUAAAGAAAAAGGAAUUCAGCUUAGAAGAAAUUUACACCAACAAAAAUUACAAAUCUCCGACCCCCAACAGAUGCCUAGAGACGAUUUUUGAAGAGCCGAAAGAAAAGAAUGGUGCUCUGGUUUGUAUUGGCCAGCAGAAACGAAAGCGAGUUCUGGAUUUUCCCGAUUUUACACUGCCGCGAAAACGCAAGGCUAAAACUAAUCUAGGCCCCUUACGAGCAAAGGGGCCACGGGGAAGAGCUCGACGGGGUAAACAUGACGACGCUGACCUUGAUGUAAUGCUGAUUGAGAGGCUUUCAGAACUAGAAGACUACUUCACUCGCCAAGGACUGGAGGUUUAAGUACACCAUGCGUUUGAUUUUUGUGAAGGCUAUUAAAGUUUGAUAUUAAUGUAGGAAACAUUUAAUUGUCUGGACGUACAAAGAGGAAUUUACAAAAGUUUAUGAAGUACGCUGACCCAAAAGACAUUUUAGCAGUGUGAGCAUGUGGAAAAAAUACAAGCACAUUAUAGUUGACUUGUACAUGAGCACUUUUGUUUCCUUACAAUGUGAUUGUUGCAGUUUAGCAAUGUUUCUUUAUUCUUUACACAUUGCGAAACAAGAUGAUCCUAAGCAUCACUUCGGUGCAAAAAUUGAGCCUGUGUUUAAACAAAGAUUUUGACUCCUGAGUUGAUUUCUGAUGUUUAGGUCCUUAUGGAAAUGUGGUGAUAAACAAGCACUGCUCUUCCCAGACUACUAAUGUCAGAUUGGAUUUUAUAGGUUAUAUUUUUUUCAUGUGUAGUAAAUCUGGAUUAGCAGGUAUCAUUUUUUUAAAAUCAUUUCUUCCGUAAAAGGAUUUGCAGGACAGGGCUACAAAAGUCUUAUCUUGUAAGUUUUAAUUUUCUUUUACAUUAGGUUUUUAUAAGGCACUGGGGAGUGUACGGUAACUGUACGCAUUUUUUAUAUAUUUUACUAAUGCUGCUUGACGAUUAGUCGUGACUAAUCAUUUGCAGAAUAAAAGUUUUUGUUUACAUAAUAUAUGUGGGUGUACUGUGUAUAAUAAUUAUGUAUAAAUACACACACACACACACACACACACACACGUAUAUAAUUAAGUAACAUUUGCAUGUGUAUAGACAUGUUUAUAUUUAUAUAUAAUUUAUAAAUAUAUUUUUUUCUUACAAUUAUACGUAUGUGUGUGUGCGUGCGUGUGUGUAUUUAUAUAUAUACAUAAUUAUUAUACACAGUACACACACAUAUAUUAUGUAAACAUAUAUGAUGUAUUAUUCUGCAAAUAACGAUAAAUCGCUACUAAUCAUGCGGCAGCAUUAUAUUUGACCUAAACCUGAUCUCACAGGUUUUCAUACAGGUUUUAUGUGACUAAUUCGUGUUAAUUCAUACAAAGUAAAUCAUACAAAAACGUACAAUUAUUUGAAAGACAUAAACAAUAUCCCACCACUAAACCCAGCGUCACUGGGGCGGAAGCAAAUCGUCCAAAAUGUAUGAACGUGAUCAUUUGAAUUCAUAAAAAUUAGCCACCACUUAAAUUCGUACGAAUUGUGCUGGACAUUGUGUUGAUUUUACCUUACAAAUAUAACAUUUGUGUGUAAUUUGUUGUUUUGGCAGCUUUUAUAAAAAGACAACAUUCAAAUUAGGGAUGCUAAACAAUUAAUCGCGAUUAAUCGUUAGCAGAAUAAAAGUUUUUGUUUACAUCACAUAUGUGUGUAAACUGUGUAUAAUAAAUAUGUAUAUAUAUAUAAAUAUGAACACAUUCAUGUAUAAUUUUAAGAUUUUUUUUUAUAUAUAUUAAGUAUUUAUAUAUAAUAUAAAUUAUACAUAAAUAUACAAAUGUAUAUACACAUGUAAACAUUUCUAAAACAUAUACAUGCAUGUGUGUACAUUUAUUUAUACAAAGUUAUUAUACACAGUUCACACACAUAUAUGAUGUAAACAAAAACUUUUAUUCUGCUAACGAUUAAUCGCGAUUAAUCGUUAAGCAUCCCUAAUUCAAAUGGUCUUUCUCUAGCUCUUUUAUUUUUCAACCUUAUUGCAUUUUGCAUUAAAUUAAGUCUUUCUGUCCGUUCAUAAUCAGCUUCAGCUAUAUGAAAUUUAACAAAGUUGCAUUAUUACGGUUACGAUACAAAUAACAAAAUAGGACAAGACCACUUUGUUCAUAUUGUUAGUUGGAAGAAUGCUUUUAUCAUCAUCAGAAAUUUAAAGGGCAGAUUAAAUUAUUCAUGUUUGAAUUCUAAUAAAUGCUUGCAGUGCAUCCAUGCUUUUAUUCUAGCUGGCUUAAUAUCAGGCAGACAUUUGUAAAGCACAACAUUUUUAUGUAGAUAAUUGGAUUUGACCGAUUUUAAUAGGUUCAUCAUUCCGUCAGUUUUUUUUCUAGAUAAAAAAAGAGCAAUGCAACAUUUCUUAUGGUUUUACGUGUUAUGUUUCCAGUUUUUUUAAAUAAUCAAUUGUAAUGUAGUAUCAGACCUACCUAUAGCUUUUAGUCAAUGAUCUGCACUUGAUCCCCCAAAGAGUCUGAGCCUUUACCUGAAGAGCAUCUCUUUGUUAGAGGAAUAGAUGUGACUUGAACACAACCUGUAGACAUUUAUUUUUAAAGAGAUGUGUUGUGUGUUUACACGUCUAUAGUGAAACUGGCUGUUUUUAUAAUGGAAAAUGUUAGUUUGUAUUUAUAUUUUAUUUUCUUGUCACACCUACACAGUGUUAUUAGAUGAUGCUGCUGCUGUUGCUCAGACCAACACUAACUAUUGCUUGAGUGCUCUCAAUCAAUGUGAUUUUAUAUAUAUAUAUUUUAUGAAUAAAAUAGUGUUGAAUAACA